ACUUCAACCCCUUACAAAAAAAAAACAGAACAUGAAUUUAAAUGACUUUGUGGUGCUUCCGAACAAAAAUGCUGUAUCUGUCAAGCUCAAUUCCAGGAACCUACAAGACCUGCAGAUGGAGACGGAGACUCUUACUCAGGAGAGCAAAGAGAUGGAGGAGAAAUUGCAACAACUGAAAGAGAGGAUGAGUAAAGAGAAGGAAGAGAGAGGGAAUUCUGGAGGGUUUAGAUGGAAGUCGGGAAAGUGUGGUCCUUUAAUGAACAAUGCUCAAACCGACAGAGCCACUAAGAACAAGGAAAACAAACUCCAAAAGCUGUCAGAAGGCAAGUUGAAGAUCCGAGUGCUGAGGGAUGAACCGCUGACAGUGCACCCUAAGCCACCGCCUCAACCCCCCUCCUCUUCCAUCGGCCUGAAAACAAAAACAAAAAACAGGCUGAGGGGAAAGUGCUGUGGACAAUGUGAAGUCAAGACUGCUGGGCUAAUGUGCGCUGAAUGCACAGAGGACUACUGCAUCGGCUGCUUUACCAAAUUCCACCAGAAGGGUGCACUGAAGCUCCACAGGAUUAUCCCCAUUCAGACAGACCUACAGACUCAUGUAAGCACUCGGGAUGUGGUCAGCUGCAUCCGGAAACAGUGUAACCCCAACUCCUGUCCUGCUCCUACAAGCCCUAAACCCAGUCCCAAAUCCAAACCUAGACCAGAUCUCACCUCUAUGUCCAAUGCAUUAACCAUACAUGGAAAUAAGCAACCAGGGGAAGAAACAGAGGUGGAGGCAAAACCUAUGCAAUUGCACCAUGAUAACAGUCAGUUCAAAGACUUCAACCAAACCCUAAUUGAUGCCAAAUCCACAGGCUGCAUCUACUGA